AUGGAGCAAAUGAAACAUUUCGUUGACACAGGCACGACCGUUCGCGUGUCUGUCACGGAUGGACGCGUAUUCACGGGGACGUUAGGGUGCGUCGAUAAACAGUUGAACGUGGUGUUAAUCAACGCCACGGAGACGUUUAAGAAGAAGAAGAAGAAGAGCAAAAGAGGAGGAAAAGAGAAGGAAAAGAGAGAAAACGAAGAGAAGGAAGAAGAGAACAACAAAAGCGAUGAUGAUGUUGAGACGAGCAGUAGCAGUAGUCCACGAGUGAUUAACAUGGCCCUGAUUGCGAGAGAACACCGCGUGAAAAUGGAACGGCUCGUCGAAGAAGAAGAAAAGGAAAAGGAAAAGGAGAAUUCGGCGAAUACUAAAAGUCUCCUCGAAAGCGCUCUGGAAAGCGGAUUGAGAAUACUGUAG